AUGUCUAUUGAUUAUGGUACAGAAUGGUUUAAAGUGGGUCUUAUCAAGCCUGGUAUGCCUUUAGAUGUUGCUUUAAAUAAAGAUUCAAAGAGAAAGACUCAAUCUGUUGUGACUAUUCGUCAUGAUGAACGUAUCUAUGGUAGCGAUGCUAUCAGUUUGGCUGGCCGUUUUCCUCACUUGACAUAUUCCAACUUGAAAAGCAUUGUUGCUAAACGCUUUGAUGACCCUCUUGUUGAGGAAUUCCGUCGUCGCUAUGUUAACAAGAUGGUGAUUGACACAGAAAGAGAUAUGCCUGCCUUUAUUCACAAUGAAACAACACAACUUUCUGUUGAAGAACUUAUUGCUUAUCAAUUCCAAAAUGCUAAGCAACAAGCUUCAGCUACAGCUGGUGAAAAUGUCAAGGAUUGUGUCAUCACUGUUACACCUUUUGCUAAUCAAUACGAGCGCCAAUCUAUUCUUGACGCUGCAGAACUUGCUGGAUUAAAUGUCUUGUCACUUAUGCAUGAUGAAACUGCUGUCGCUCUUAAUUAUGCUGUAAACCGUGAAAUUGGUGCUAAUCCUGAAAAUCACAUCUUUUAUGAUAUGGGUGCCGGUUCUACUGUUGCAUCUAUUGUUACUUUCUCAAAUGUUGAGACAAAAGAAGGAAAGAUUACACGUACAGCACCUCAACUGGAAGUAAAAGGAGUUGGUUUUGACCGUACACUGGGUGGUCAUGAAUUAGAUGUUCGUGUUCAACAACUUUUGGCUGCUGGAUUCAUGAAAGUGAAUGAAGGACGUGUCAAGACAGAUGUUAGAGACUCUUCAAAUGCCAUGACUAGAUUAAUGAAGGAAUCCAACAGAGUAAAGCAAAUCUUGAGUGCUAACACUGAAACUGUGGCUUCUAUUGAAAGUCUUCAUGAAGGCAUUGAUUUCAAAUUGAAGGUAACUAGAACUCAAUUAGAAGAAAUCUGUCAAGAUUUGAUUGCCCGUGUCAAGAGCCCUAUUGAAGUUGCUUUAGAAGCUGCCAACAUGACUGUGGAUGACAUUCAAUCUGUUGUUCUUGUUGGAGGUGGUGUUCGUGUUCCUUCUGUUCAACAACAAUUGAUCGAUCUUGUUGGAGCUCAAAAGAUUGCAAAAAAUGUGAAUGGUGAUGAAGCUGCUGUCUUGGGUGCUGCUUUCCGUGGUGCUUCUCUCAGUAAUCAAUUCAGAUUGAGCAAGCAAAUCAGUAUCAAGGAUGUCACUCUUUUCCCUGUUGAAGUUUCUUACAAGCCUGAAAACAAGGGCAAAGAAGCCAGUGCUGCUGUUGAAACCGUCAUCUUCAACAAGUUUGGCAAUAUUGGCACUCGCAAGAUCAUGACAUUUAACCGUAUUACUGAUUUUGAAUUCGAUGUUAAUUAUGAAAAGAAUUCCAAUGCAGGUGAUCAAGGCAUUGCCAAAGUCAAGGUUACUGGUCUUACAGAAGCCAUGGCAAAGCAUAAGGAUGAUAUUAAAGCCUCAGAAAUCCCUCCUAAGGUUCGUGUCACCUUUGAAUUAUCUGGUUCUGGUAUUGUUUCUGUUCCUGAAGCUACUCUUCAUGUCGGAAAGUUAACAUUCAAAGAAAAAGUUAAGUCAUUCUUUGGUGGAAAAGAUUCCAAAGAGAAAGAAGAGAAGUCAAGUGAAGAAGCAAACAAGCAAAAUGAAACUAUUACUGAAUCUAAUGAUGCUAAGACCAACAACACGGCUGCAGAAGCCAAGGAAAGUGUCUCUAUCACAAAAGUUCCUUUAAAUCUUGAAGUUGUCCCUACUGGUAUCCUUCCUCUUAAUGAACAACAAAAGGCCGCUGCAAAGAAGAGAAUCCUUGAACUUGAUGCUUUGGACACUCGUAAGAAGCUUCGUGAAGAAUCUCGUAAUGCUUUAGAAACCUUUGUCUAUCGUGUUCAAGACUUUUUGUAUGAUGAUGAUGUCGCUGUUGUUACUACUGAAGAAGCCAUUGAAAAGUUUAGAGAAAGACUCUCUGAAACAUCUGACUGGCUUUAUGAUGAAGGUGAACACGCUGACACUUCUGUUUAUAUCAGCAAACUCAGGGAACUUCAAGCCAUUGAAGCACCUAUUCAACACCGCUUCAAGGAAUACAGAGAGCGUGAAAAGAACAUUGAGCUUGUAGACAAAACAGUGAAAUUAGCUCAAGAGUUUGUUGCUGGCAUUCGUGCUCAAGCUGAAGAGAUUCGCUAUCAUACUGAAGAAGAAGUUGAAGGUUUGGCAACUGCUGCUCAAAAGCUUGCUGAUUGGGUUGCCGACAAGGUCGAAGCUCAAAAGAAACUUGCUAAUACUGAUGAACCCGUGCUUUUGACUUCUCAAGUCUUGGAAAAAACCAAGGUUGUUGAAGAAAACUUGAUGAAAUUGAUCAGUAAAAAGAAACCCAAGGUGCCAAAGAAGACUACUGAAGUGCCCAAGAAUGAUACCGCAGAGGAAGAAUCUUCAUCUACAAAGGCUGACGAUCCUACUUCUACUCAAACUGCUUCUACUGAAGAUCAUACUCAUGAUGAAUUGUAA